UAUUAGGCCUUUUUCUGACUAUUGCAGCACACAGUAUUUCUUUCCAAGUGGUGCUAGUCUAAUAGCAGUAGGUUCAUAUUACUUAUGUCUCGCCGAUUCCUUACUGCCAAAUCAGAAAAAUAGACGCCUUCAUAAGAUAGACAACAACAUAGCCUUUAUUUUAAUAGAUAAAAUAAACAUCAACGAUCAUGUGCCCUCGAUUAGCACAUAUAGCCACCACACGCACCUAUUAUUGAUACUAAUACAUAUAAGUCACCUCGAGCUGUCCAUCUGUGUCCCGUGCGAAGUCGUCGCAAAAUGUGCUAAGCUGUUCGGAUUUUUCACAUAAAGUACGCUUUGUAGAUCAACUAAUUAUUCUUUAUCUGUAUUAAAAUGAAAGCUGAGAAUGAAUAUAAUUUAGUCCCAACUCAAAACCUAAUUAAUACUAAAUCCAUGACAUAAUAACUACAACACUGUUAUCUACGUUUAAGUACCUACUCCUGAUACAGAUGUAGUGAAUAAUCCUUUCCCAUUGUAUUUUGUCGGGAUCGUUCGUAUUUGUCAUGCUACUUUAGUCAACCUCAGUACAUUUUGUACUGAGACUGACUGAAAUAGCAUAACACGUUCAUACGUUUCCGUAAAAAACGAUGGGAAAGGAUUAUUCACUAUAUCUGAACAACGUUAUAACUAUCAGUGUAUAAAAAAUUCUACCGUUAUACUCUACGCUGAAAUUAUCCGUCUACACAUCAAAAGCAACUAUUACAACUUUGAUGAACAUACACAUUUUAAUUUGUUGUUGGUGACACAAUUUGCUUCAGCCAAUAUUUUCCUUGCAGCGAUAAUUGACAUGCCGUCGAACAGCGCUGACAUUCCGCUUAAUGAUACCAUAUCAACGCCCCUUUUAAUACAAAACUGACCUUAAAACCUGCAGUGUCAAGUGUCCUGCCCCACGCCGCAGCCGCUCUCGUAAAAUGCUAACAGUUCUCGGUAUAGCUUUACUGCUAAAACAUGCACUAUGCGUAAAUCCAUCCAUUCUAUUUCAAGAAGUUCAAGCGUACCACAGCGAAACGAAUGCAAAGACCGAUUUUGCUUUUCAAGUCGUCAAUAACAUCUAUAACGCUUUCCGCCAAUGGUUUUUCACUAUAAUAUUCUGCGAGUUCACUUAUUUCGAGAACAGGAUACUGAAAUACACUGAGAAUUAUAACGACGGAUAUCCGGUAUUGCUCCUAGAUGGUUGCCCUAACAGGAAUAACAGCGAUGUGAAACCAAGAAUCGACAAACACGGAAAGACAGCUUAUAUUGUGACCUCCAACGAACUAACUGUAGAAAACAAUGAUUUAGUAAUACACACCUUACGUAGAACAGGAGUGUUUAAGCCGAGAAGUGUAGUAAUCUUUGUCAUAAACAUAGAAGUGACUAUGGACAGCUACUUCCACUAUGCCAUGAAGCAACAUUUCCAAUUAUGUUGGAGUAGAAGAAUACCCAACUCAAUUCUUGUACUGUGGUCUGAACGCUUGAGGAUGUACACUUACAAUCCGUUUUUUGAUCAAAUCAUAGAUGUAUCAGAUGAAAAAAAUAUCGGAAGUUUGCUGUCCCGUCAAUACGAAAAUUUGUAUGGUAGGGAGCUUCGUCUGAGCGUAUUUAGAAAGCCUUUCAUUUAUGACGAUACUGCGCAAAUUGAUUGCAGUUCGAGGUUAGCUUCGACUAUGAUAAGUAUCUUAAACGCUUCAUGCAACGCUUUAGCACCUCGAGAUGGAAGCACGGUGGGAGACCUCCUGGAUAAUGGAACGGCCACAGGGGUCACCCGCGACCUAAUAGACGGUUACACGGAUCUUGAACUGACCUCGCGAAUACUUAAAAAUUCCUACUACGGAUACAUCGACACGACCUACCCUCUAUCGCAAGAUGCCCUGUGUUUCCUACUAAAGAAAGCUGGUCAGCAGUCAACAUUUAUGACAACGAUGAAAUUGAUAUCAACGGAUAUGUUCUUGAUCUUCAUGUUUAACAUAUUUUUAUUGCUUUUAAUAGCAUUAAUGGUUCUUAAAGUCGAGAUCAGAUGGUGGGCUCCGAAAGACACAUCAUCAUCAUCCGCAACGACUGUUAUAGAACUAGUAAAAUGCUUCAUAAGACAGACAGUUGUCAUCAAAUUCUUGGGACCAGUCUUCAGAGCAGUCGUGCUAAUCAUAAUCGUAUAUUCGCUGAUAAUCGAUUGUGCUAUCGACGGAAUCUUAACGUCGGCGAUAACAUAUCCGCGAUACAAGCCCGAAAUAGAUUCGUCGGCUUCACUACUAGCGAGCAAUUUAACACUUGGCAUUCACAAUAGACAUCUACGACUCUUCAAUACGAGCUUGACUCCGGAAAUUAGACGACAACUUGAAGCACAGAACCGUAUCGAGGCAUUUAAUGAUAUGAAAAUAAAAGCAUUUAUUGAUAAGCGCCAAUUCCAGUACGCAGUUCUCUUGAGACAAAGCGAUGCUAAAUACAUAAGCAGAAAAACUUCUAACUUGAAAGAUGGCAGACCCCUAUUCCACACAAUGUUAGAAUGUCCUUUACCCUGCUCGAUAGUCUACGGGCUGCGCUAUGGAAGCCCUUACUUGCCAGUAAUAGAUAAAAAACUUCACUAUCUGUUCCAAGGAGGAAUCCUACAGCAAUGGGUCAAAACUGAGGAGUUCACGGUUAACUCUAAAAUUGGCAACGCUUUAUCUGGUGAUAAUAAAGAACGGAAGGCAUUAUCUUUGCACAAUCUUCAAGAAGUGUUUUUCGUCUUAAUCGGAGGUUACGUGAUUAGUGGAACAUUUUUUAUAGUAGAACUCUUUCUACACAAAGCUACAAGAGUGCAGAUACACUCAUUGCAAUGAUAGUCUACCCUGGCAUUCAAGCCAGGGUCCAAACUCUUGAUCCCUCUGGGCGUUAUACUGAACAUAAGAUUAUUCUAAUUCGUUUUAUCGUGUUUAUCAAUCAUUAUUAAUACCUACUAUUUUCUAAAAUGCCCAUUACAAAUUACAACCAUAAUAGGUACCCUAUCAAAAAAGUAUAAUAUUAGAAUCUGAAGAUUUCGUACAUCAUCAAAAACGUUUAUUAUUAUAAUCGAAUACACUUGUAUUCCGUUCAAAUUUCUCAGCACUGGUUUAUGAAUAGCAAUUUUAGUAAAACUUUUAUUUAUUUAAACGAGAUUUCACAGAAAAAUCAAUAAAUAAUCUUAAUAACAAUAAUAAUAGUCUUAAUAAUAGCAAUUUUUAUUAAAUUUAAAGAUAUUUUGUUAAUAUGCAGCGUAUCGUCAAAUUUACGUCAUUGAAAGUACCGAAACCAAGAGAUCGGACCCUGGGCUAACUGAGCCUAAGAUGAAGCUUACACAAUGCAAUGAAUGGCUCGAACCAUUUAGAACUGUGGAUUUACUAUAGUUACUGUGGAUUGUGGAUUUACUAUAGUUACUAUUUAUCAAAUGUAUAAAAAUAAACGUUAUU